AAGAAAUUAUAAAAUAGUUAGAUUUUAUAGAAAUUCUAGAAAUAUGUUGGAAUUUUUUGAAAAGUAUUUUCCUAUGGGUUUCUCUACCAGGGAUAUAAGUGCUGGUGUCUUGGGAGCUGUUUUUGUCGCACUUAUCUCUUCCAAGACAAUAGAUAGUGCCAGGAAAAGACAAACAAGAAAGAAAAUUGAAGCAAAAAGGGAAAUUGUGCAGAAAAGGAAAGACGAUUUGACGCAGAGACUGAUGGUGGAAGGGGAAUUGAUUACAGUGGAUAGAAAACAUAUUCUUGCAUUAGUGUACGCUAGCAUACUGCGCGUGAACUCAACGCGAAUGACGUCACAGUUAUUCCUUGAAAACCCGAACUAUGCUAUGCCCAACGCUAAAGCAUUGUCUGUGGACGAGAAGAUCAACGUUGUUUGUGAUUUUAUCCUUGAAGCAACUUCUUGGGCCGAGGGGCUAAAAAAUGUUCCUAUCGAACAGAGAGGUUCUCUGUAUGGUCUUCCUAUAUCUGUGAAAGAGUGUUUCUUCGUGAAAGGCUAUGAUGCAACUAUCGGUUUGAGUGGACUGAUCAAUAAACCAGCUUUGGAGGAUUCACCUUACGUCAAGUUCAUCAAGGAUGCCCACGGAAUCCCGUUCUGUUUGACUAACAUACCUCAAACGAUGGUUUCCUACAGCUGUAGUAAUCCAGUUUAUGGAAACACUUGUAAUCCUCAUGAUCUACUGAGAACUCCUGGGGGUUCUUCAGGGGGUGAGGGGGCCCUUAUUGCUGCUGGUGCAUCACUUUUAGGAAUUGGUUCUGAUAUUGGUGGUAGCUUGAGAAUUCCAUCCCACUUCAGUGGCGUGGUUGGACUGAAACCAACCAAUGGAAGAAUUUACCAAGGUACAGGGUUACACACAAAGAAUGAGAUUUCAAUGACGACCUAAAAGUCAUGAAAUAUGAUGAAUAUGAAUUUGGUUUAAUGG